AUGCAGAAGGGCACAGGGCUCCAACAGGUGGACGGACAGGUCUACCUUUCAGACAGAGGACAGAGUCUGGUGGACGGACAGGUCAAGCUUUCCAACACUGGACAGAGUCUGGUGGACGGACAGGUCAAGCUUUCCAACACUGGACAGAGUCUGGUGGACGGACAGGUCAAGCUUUCCAACACUGGACUGAGUCUCGUGGACGGACAGGUCAAGCUUCCCCACACAGGACUGAAUCUGGUGGAUGAAGAGGUCAAGCUUCUCUAUUCAGAGAACACACUUUGCAAUGUGGACUUUGUUAUAAAAAUUCAGGAGCUUAAAGUUCAAGAAAGAGAAGAUGCCCUCUUUGCGUGUGUCCUGACUCACCCACUGCCCAGGAUCUCAUGGAUGGGCAAAGGCAGCGCCCUGCAGGACGGAGAGAAAUACAACAUCAGCGUGUCGGACCAUAAACUGAUCCACCGGCUGCUGAUCAGAGACUGCAGCCAGCAGGACAGCGGCAUCUACUCAGCUGUGGCCGGCAUUACGUCCUGCAGUGCCUGGCUGGUUGUUCAAGAUCCAGGGGUUCAUUUCAUCUGUGGUUUGUCUGAUGUCAAUCCCAUCAUCAAUGAGACUGCUGAGCUAACAUGUAAGCUCAGCAGUGAGGACUGUGAGGGAGCCUGGUUCAGAGACGGGAAAAAGAUAUCUCCAGAAGACAAUUUCAGUGUCAUUAAAGAUGGUGCGAUCCAUAAAUUUGUCAUAAUCAGGUGUGAGGAAGAGCACACUGGGAAAUACCGCUUUGAGGCAGACCAUCGUAAAACAGAGGCUAUGAUCAACGUGAAAGAUCCCCCAAGGUUUGACCCCGAAGACCUCGAGGCUUUUACUGAGUCUGUGACGGUGAAAGUGGGGCACAAUGCAAUCUUCAAACUGCAAUUCGUUGGCCACGAACCCAUCAAGAUUAAGUGGUACAAAGAGGGAGAAGAGCUUCUAGAUGACAACACCACAAAGAUAGAGAAAUCUGCAUGUCACAGCCGCUUGCUGCUGAGCAGGUGCCAGAGGAAGGACACGGGAGAGAUCAAGAUUAAGCUCAAGAACGAACACGGCUUCAUCGAGGCAAUUUCCCAGUUAAUUGUUCUUGCUUUUCCUGGCCCUCCAGCGCCUCCAAAGGUGGUCAGCGCCUCUGACGACUGCAUCAAUAUUUCUUGGGCUGCACCAAAUAAAACAGGAGGCUCACGUCUCCUGGGCUAUAUUUUGGAGAAACGCAAAAAAGGGAGUAAUCUCUGGACUGUUGUCAAUGCCAUGGAUGAAUUUAUAAAAGAAAAGAAAUAUGCAGUGAAAGAUGUCGUGGUAGGGAUGGAGUAUGAAUUCAGAGUCUCUGCCAUAAACCUUUCUGGAGUCGGAGAAAACAGCAGCGCAUCAGACUUUGUUUUUGCACGGGAUCCAAAGGAGCCUCCUGGUAAAGUGAUAGGCCUGAAGGUGACGGAAACUUCUUACACCCACUUUGUCCUGACCUGGACCAAACCUGAGGAUAAACCUGGGGAACAGGAUGAAGCAAAGGGAUAUUUUGUUGAGAUUCGUCCUGCAGAUUGCAUUGAAUGGUCCCGCUGUAACACCACCCUCAUCAUCACCACUUCCUUCCGUGUGAAAGGCCUCAGGCACAUGGAGAUGUACUGGGUGAGAGUGAUUGCGUUUAAUGAUGGAGGAAAUGGUGCUGCAGAGGAGCUGCCCAACUAUGUCCUCGCAAUGCCAUCACCUGUGAGGCCAAAGUUCACGAACCACAAAAUGAAGAGUUUCAUGGUGGUGAAGGCGGGGAACUCUGUCAGGAUCACAGUGCACUUUGAGGCCUCUCCACGCCCGACUAUUACAUGGGUGAAGGACAAUGUGCCAGUGUCAAAGAGAGUUACAGUCAGUAACUCUGACGGCUCGUCCCAGCUGCUGAUCCCUUCCUCUGAGCGCUCUGAUUCUGGCAUCUACUCCAUUCUGGUGAAAAAUAUGGCAGGACAGGAGACAUUCAGUACAGAGGUCAGGGUCACAGAUGAUCCGAAGCCCCCUGGUACGGUAGAGCUGGAUGAAAAUGUGCCCGGCACAGUGACAGUGAUGUGGGAACCGUCUCCUGAUGAGAAGCGUGAUGACCGCCUCCACUACACAGUGUCGAAACUGGACUCCACUAAACGCACAUGGACCAUAGUGGCUGACAGACUCUUCAAUAACAGGUUCACAGUAUGCAACAUCAUGCACGGGAGGGAAUAUCAUUUCCGGGUGUAUGCCAAAAACGACAUGGGCAUCUCUGCACCGUCAGAGUCACCAACCUGUAGGAGGGAGAAGAAGAAAGAGAAAUUCAUGGUGUAUAUACCGACCAUUAAGGACUGUGAUUUGCGAUGUGCUCCAACCUUCAUUGUACCGUUGAAGUUUCACACUGCACCAAAAGGCUAUGAGUGCUACAUGAGCUGUGCAGUGAAGGGAAACCCCCCACCUCGUAUCACCUGGUAUCGGAAUCACAUCAGCCUGAACACUAAUACCAACUAUUACAUCUCCAACACGUGUGGAGUUUGCUCCAUGUUGAUUCUCCACGUAGGCCCCAAAGACAUGGGGGAGUACACCAUCUCUGCAGAGAACGCCCUGGGACGGGCUGAGUGCUCCACCACCCUCAGUGUCAGUGAGUGAAGACACUAAAGGCCCCACAAUAUGAGCAGUGUUUAUUUUAAAGUUUAGAUAUUUUACAUGUUGUUUAAAUUGAAGUGUCGCUU